CGGGGAGCCUGGUCGCGGUCCGGGCAGCGCUCCGCUGGCCCCCCGGCCCGCUCGGCCGCAGCUGCGCGCCUGUAGCCACAGGUGGCUGCGAUGGGACGGAAGCCAUGAAUGGUGCCGCCCCCGGCCCCGCCGCAGCCGCCCCGGUCCCGGUCCCGGUCCCGGUCCCGGACUGGCGGCAGUUCUGCGAGCUGCACGCGCAGGCGGCCGCCGUGGACUUUGCGCACAAGUUCUGCCGCUUCCUGCGGGACAACCCAGCCUACGACACGCCCGACGCCGGCGCCUCGUUCUCCCGCCACUUCGCCGCCAACUUCCUGGACGUCUUCGGCGAGGAGGUGCGCCGCGUGCUAGUGGCCGGGCCGACGUCUCGGGGCGCAGCCGUGCGCGCGGAGGCCAUGGAGCCGGAGCCCGCGGAGACCUCCGCACUCAAGGCGGCAAGCUACGGCCACUCGCGGAGCUCAGAGGACGUGUCCACGCAGGCGGCCAUCAAGGCCCGCGUCCGCAAGGGCUUCUCGCUGCGCAACAUGAGCCUGUGCGUGGUGGACGGCGUGCGCGACAUGUGGCACCGGCGCGCCUCGCCCGAGCCCGACGCCGGAGCUGCCCCGCGUGCCGCCGAGCCCGCCGCCGAGCCCCGCGACAAGUGGACGCGGCGCCUGCGGCUGUCUCGGACGCUGGCGGCCAAGGUGGAGCUGGUGGACAUUCAGCGCGAGGGGGCGCUGCGCUUCAUGGUGGCCGACGACGCGGCGGCGGGUCCCGGGGGCGCCGCGCAGUGGCAGAAGUGCCGUCUGCUCCUGCGCAGGGCUGUGGCCGAGGAACGCUUCCGCCUGGAGUUCUUCGUGCCGCCCAAGGCCUCCAGGCCCAAGGUCAGCAUCCCACUGUCAGCCAUCAUUGAGGUGCGCACCACCAUGCCCCUGGAAAUGCCAGAGAAGGACAACACAUUUGUGCUCAAGGUAGAGAAUGGAGCCGAGUACAUCCUGGAGACCAUCGAUUCUCUGCAGAAGCACUCGUGGGUAGCUGACAUCCAGGGCUGUGUGAACCCUGGGGACAGUGAGGAAGACACCGAGCUCUCCUGUUCCCGGGGAGGCUGUCUGGCCAGCCGCGUGGCCUCCUGCAGCUGUGAGCUCCUGACGGACGCAGCCGACCCGCCCCGGCCCCCAGAGACGACAGCCGUGGGCGCCGUGGUGACAGCCCCCCACAGCCGAGGUCGAGAUGCCAUCAGAGAGUCCCUGAUCCAUGUCCCGCUAGAGACCUUCUUGCAGACCCUGGAAUACCCAGGCGGCAGCGGCAGUGACAGCAAUAACACAGGGGAGGAGGGUGCAGAGACAGAUGCCGAAGCCGAGCCCGAGCUGGAGCUGUGCGACUACCCCUGGUUCCACGGAACACUGUCCCGGGUCAGGGCCGCUCAGCUGGUUCUGGCCGGGGGGCCCCGGAACCACGGCCUCUUCGUGAUCCGUCAAAGUGAGACUCGGCCUGGGGAGUACGUGCUGACCUUCAACUUCCAGGGCAAGGCCAAGCACCUGCGCCUGUCCCUGAACGGCCACGGCCAGUGUCACGUACAGCACCUGUGGUUCCAGUCUGUGCUUGACAUGCUCCGCCACUUCCACACGCACCCCAUCCCACUGGAGUCAGGGGGCUCGGCCGACAUCACCCUACGCAGCUAUGUGCGGGCCCAGGGCCCCCUGCCAGAGCCGGGCCCCACGCCCCCCGCGGCGCCCGCACCCCCGGCCUGCUGGAGCGAGCCGGCCGGCCAGCACUACUUCUCCAGCCUCGCCGCGGCCGCCUGCCCGCCCGCUUCGCCCUCCGACGCCGCCGGCGCCUCCUCCUCGUCCACCUCGUCGUCCUCGGCCGCAUCAGGGCCCGCCCCUCCGCGCCCCGUCGAGGGCCCGCUCAGCGCGCGGAGCCGCAGCGACAGCGCGGAACGCCUGCUGGAGGCCGUGGCCGCCGCCGCCGCCGCCGAGGAGCCCCCAGAGGCCACGCCUGGCCGCACGCGCGCCGUGGAGAACCAAUACUCCUUCUACUAGCCCGCGGCGCCGCCCGGGUGGGACACGCCAAGCUCUUCAGUGAAGACACGAUGUUAUUAAAAAGCCUGUUUUAGGGACUGCA